AACACACAUCGACGAUGACGAAAAAAUUAACCAGAAUAUUGAUAAUACUUGUGUUAUCGGCACUGAUCGACAGCCGAGCUCAGCCUAUCGAGACCAGUGCGGCGAUCAUAAACCUCAAUUGUACUGGCCGAUCAACCGUCUGCGUGGGAAAAGACAAAUAUAUGGUAUGUCAGUCGAAUGUUGCCACAGGGAUUGCUCAACUUUGUCCGGAAAACACUCGCUGCAUCAAUGAUGGCAUCGAGCUGUGUGUGCCCGUCAAACCGUAUAGUGUGGCGAAUUCAGCGGCUGUCGCCAAAAUGACAACUAUCACCGAUCAUCCGAUUAGUGGCAGCGGCCCAGCGGCUAUAAUUGAGUCCACCACAAGCUCGGCGACCUCCGGGCUACCCAGUAGCACAAAGGGUUUUGUAGAGACAACUGUUCAACCGAUCUUUGAAACCACAACUACCAAUACCAAUGCACCCGUCGAGCCAGAAUCAACGCUACCGGCGGAAACAACAACAGCAGCCAACAUUCCAAUAACGACAGAUGGACCCAACGUUCCAGUCAACCCCAUAACUACUGAGGAUCCUAACGCACCAGCCAAUCCUGAAGGAACAACAGUAUCUCCAGUAGAUCCCAACGCACCAGUCGAUCCAAAUGCACCUGCAAAUCCUGAAGCCACAACAGUGUCUCCUGUCGACCCCAAUGCACCAGUUGAUCCCAACGCACCAGUUGACCCGAAUGUACCUGUAGAUCCAAAACGCACCCGUUGA